UUGCCGGCCUUCCCCGGGCGGCGGCGCCCCUCCGAGCCCCGGCCAGGCCUCGAGCCGGUGUCCCCGGGUGGGGGUGGGGACAGCCCGGCCGAGGCUGCUCGCCCCGUGCGUGAUCGGGAGCCGGGUGCCAGCGAGACCUGGAAUUUCCGGUCUGGUUGGUCUCGGGCCCCGCGGAGCCAGGUUGAUCCCCUCGCCUCCCAACCCCAGGCCCUCGGAUGCCCAGAAGCUGUAGGCCGCGCCGUGGACUGAUUCCUAAGCGAGGGGGUGCUGGGGGGACCCUGAUGUGGCACCAAAUGAAAUGAACAAAGCUCCACAGCCCACAGGCCCCCCACCCGCCCCGUCCCCUGGACUCCCGCAGCCAGCGUUUCCCCCGGGGCAGACAGCACCGGUGGUGUUCAGUACGCCACAAGCGACACAAAUGAACACGCCUUCUCAGCCCCGCCAGCACUUCUAUACUAGCCGGGCCCAGCCCCCGAGUAGUGCAGCCUCCCGAGUGCCGAGCGCAGCCCCCGCCCGCCCUGGCCCAGCUGCCCAUGUCUACCCUGCUGGAUCCCAAGUAAUGAUGAUCCCUUCCCAGAUCUCCUACUCAGCCUCCCAAGGGGCCUACUACAUCCCGGGACAGGGGCGCUCCACGUAUGUUGUCCCAACGCAGCAGUAUCCUGUGCAGCCAGGAGCCCCAAGCUUCUACCCAGGGGCAAGCCCGACAGAGUUUGGCACGUACGCUGGCGCCUACUACCCAGCCCAGGGUGUGCAGCAGUUUCCCACUGGCGUGGCCCCCACCCCGGUUUUGAUGAACCAGCCCCCUCCAAUUGCUCCCAAGAGGGAACGGAAGACGAUCCGAAUUCGAGAUCCAAACCAAGGAGGGAAGGACAUCACGGAGGAGAUAAUGUCUGGGGCCCGCACCGCCUCCACACCCACCCCUCCCCAGGCGGGAGGUGGUCUGGAGCCUCAGGCUAAUGGGGAGACAGCCCAGGGUGCUGUCACUAUCCGGCCAGAUGACCGAUCGCAGGGAGCAAUCGUCGGGGGCCGGCCGGGUCUGCCCGGACCUGAGCACAGCCCUUCAGAAUCCCAGCCUUCAUCACCUUCCCCAACCCCAUCUCCACCUCCGAUCUUGGAACCGGGGUCUGAGCCGAAUCUCACAGUCCUUUCUAUUCCUGGGGAUACUAUGACGACGGGAAUGUUACAGAUGUCUGUUGAAGAAUCAGCCCCCAUGCCUCGGGAAAGUGGGGAGCCAUAUUGUCUCUUGCCAGAAGCCGCUCCCCUAGCUGAACCCAUACUGGAAGUUGAAGUGACGCUUAGCAAACCAAUUCCAGAAUCCGAGUUUUCUUCCAGUCCUCUCCAGGUUCCCAACCCCCUGCCACCUCACAAAGUGGAAGUUCCUCCCGAGCCUAAUGGCACUGCCUCAUCUGAGGGUCUGGAAGCAGAGGUGGAGUCGAGUCCAGCGCUUGCACCCGCCUCGGUUUGUCCCUCCGAGUCCUCCUUGCCUGUUGCUCCAACUGCCCAGCCUGAGGAACUGCUCAAUGGAGCCCCGUCACCACCAGCUGUGGACUUAAGCCCCGUCAGUGAGCCAAAGGAGCAGGCCACGGAGGCCACGGUAUCGGCGGUCCCCCUCACUGCCGUCUCCAGCACCCCAGCGGCGACUCCUCCGGCCACUUCCCCUGCUCAGGAGGAGGAAAUGGAAGAAGAGGAAGAGGAGGAAGAAGGAGAUGCAGGAGAAGCUGAGGGUGAGAAGGGAGGAGAGGAACAGCUUCCCCCGGAAAGCGUGCCUGUUCCAGCCCACCUGCCCCAGAAUUUGGAGGUGGCAGCCACCCAAGUCGCAGUAUCUGUGCCAAAGCGGAGACGGAAAAUCAAGGAGCUCAAUAAGAAGGAGGCUGUUGGGGACCUUCUCGAUGCCUUCAAGGAGGUGACCCCUGGAGUACCAGAGGUGGAAAGCCAGCCUUCACCUGUGGGCAGCAACCCAGGCCCCGAGGCUGAGGCCUGUAGUGCGGCUUCUCGACCCGAGGAGGCAGACGAGACCUGGGAUGCGAAGGAAGACAAGAUUCACAAUGCCGAGAACAUCCAGCCCGGGGAGCAGAAGUAUGAGUACAAGUCAGAUCAGUGGAAGCCUCUAAACCUUGAGGAGAAGAAGCGCUAUGACCGCGAGUUCCUGCUCGGCUUUCAGUUCAUCUUUGCCAGUAUGCAGAAGCCAGAGGGAUUGCCCCACAUCAGCGACGUGGUGUUGGAUAAGGCCAACAAGACACCACUGCGGCCGCUGGAUCCCACUCGACUUUCAGGCAUAAAUUGUGGACCAGACUUCACUCCGUCCUAUGCCAACUUUGGCCGACCGGCCCUUAGCAACCGUGGGCCCCCAAGGGGUGGGCCAGGUGGGGAGCUUCCCCGAGGGCCGCAGGCUGGUCUGGGACCCCGGCGCUCUCAGCCUGGUCCCCGGAAGGAACCUCGAAAGAUCAUUGCCACGGUGUUAAUGACAGAAGAUAUAAAGCUGAACAAAGCGGAGAAAGCUUGGAAGCCCAGCAGCAAACGGACGGCAGCUGAUAAGGACCGAGGGGAAGAAGAUGCUGACGGCAGCAAAACCCAGGACCUCUUCCGCAGGGUGCGCUCCAUCCUGAAUAAGCUGACACCCCAGAUGUUCCAGCAGUUGAUGAAGCAGGUGACACAGCUGGCCAUUGACACUGAGGAACGCCUCAAAGGGGUGAUCGACCUCAUCUUCGAGAAGGCCAUCUCAGAGCCCAACUUCUCUGUGGCCUACGCCAACAUGUGCCGCUGCCUCAUGGCGCUAAAAGUGCCCACUACAGAAAAGCCAACGGUGACUGUGAACUUCCGGAAACUAUUGUUGAAUCGAUGUCAGAAGGAGUUUGAAAAAGACAAAGAUGAUGAUGAGGUUUUUGAGAAGAAGCAGAAGGAGAUGGACGAAGCUGCUACGGCAGAGGAGCGGGGGCGCUUGAAGGAGGAGCUGGAGGAGGCCCGAGACAUAGCCCGCCGGCGCUCUCUAGGGAACAUCAAGUUUAUCGGGGAGCUGUUUAAGCUGAAAAUGUUGACAGAGGCCAUCAUGCAUGACUGUGUGGUUAAACUGCUCAAGAACCAUGAUGAAGAGUCGCUCGAAUGCCUUUGCCGUCUGCUUACUACCAUCGGCAAAGAUCUAGACUUUGAAAAAGCCAAGCCCCGAAUGGAUCAGUAUUUCCAGCAGAUGGAGAAGAUCAUUAAGGAAAAGAAGACCUCCUCCCGAAUCCGUUUUAUGCUGCAGGAUGUUCUGGAUCUGCGACGAAGCAAUUGGGUGCCCCGACGAGGAGACCAGGGUCCCAAGACCAUCGACCAGAUCCACAAGGAGGCCGAGAUGGAGGAGCAUCGUGAGCACAUUAAAGUGCAGCAGCUCAUGGCCAAGGGUGGCGACAAGCGCCGCGGGGGUCCUCCAGGCCCGCCUAUUAGCCGUGGCCUUCCACUUGUGGAUGAUGGAGGCUGGAACACAGUCCCCAUCAGCAAGGGCAGCCGCCCUAUUGACACCUCCCGACUCACCAAGAUCACCAAGCCUGGCUCCAUUGAUUCCAACAACCAGCUCUUCGCACCUGGAGGGCGAAUGAGCUGGGGCAAGGGCAGCAGCGGAGGCUCUGCAGCCAAGCCCUCUGAUGCAGUCUCAGAAGCUGCUCGUUCUACCACUAGCACCUUGAAUCGCUUCUCAGCCCUUCAACAAGCGGUGCCUACAGAAAGCACGGACAACAGACGUGUGGUACAGAGGAGUAGCUUGAGCCGGGAACGAGGUGAGAAAGCUGGGGACCGAGGAGAUCGCCUAGAGCGGAGUGAACGUGGAGGUGACCGAGGGGACAGACUUGACCGGGCGCGGACACCUGCCACCAAGCGGAGCUUUAGCAAGGAUGUGGAGGAGCGGAGUCGAGAGCGGUCCUCCCAGCCCGAGGGCUUGCGCAAGGCGGCCAGCCUCACUGAGGAUCGCGACCAAGGCCGUGAUGCUGUGAAGCGAGAAGCUGCCCUUCCUCCUGUGAGCGCCCCGAAGGCUGCACUUUCUGAGGAGGAGUUGGAGAAGAAGUCGAAGGCCAUCAUUGAGGAGUACCUCCACCUCAAUGACAUGAAGGAGGCGGUGCAGUGUGUGCAGGAGCUGGCAUCGCCCUCCCUGCUCUUCAUCUUUGUGCGACUUGGCAUCGAGUCCACCCUGGAGCGCAGCGCCAUUGCUCGAGAGCACAUGGGACGGCUGCUGCAUCAGCUGCUCUGUGCUGGGCACCUGUCCACGGCUCAGUACUAUCAAGGGCUCUAUGAAAUCCUAGAACUGGCUGAAGACAUGGAAAUUGACAUUCCCCAUGUGUGGCUUUACCUUGCAGAACUGAUAACGCCCAUUCUGCAGGAAGGGGGGUUGCCGAUGGGGGAACUGUUCAGAGAGAUCACAAAACCUCUGAGGCCCCUGGGCAAAGCUUCUUCCCUCUUGCUGGAGGUCCUGGGGCUCCUCUGCAAAAGCAUGGGUCCCAAAAAGGUGGGGACACUGUGGCGAGAGGCAGGACUCAACUGGAAGGAAUUUAUAUCUGAAGGCCAGGAUGUCGGCACCUUCGUCGCAGAACAGAAGGUGGAGUACACUCUGGGCGAGGAGUCAGAAGCCCCUGGUCAGAGGCCGCUCCCCUCCGAGGAGCUGAGCAGGCAGCUGGAGAAGCUGCUGAAGGAAGGCAGCACUAACCAGCGGAUAUCGGACUGGAUCGAGGCCAACCUGAACGAGCAGCAGGUAGCGUCCAACUCCUUAGUCCGAGCGCUUAUGAAGACUGUCUGCUAUUCUGCAAUUAUCUUUGAGUCUCCCCUCCGACUGGAUGUGGAGGUUCUGAAAGCACGAGCAAAACUGCUCCAGAAAUACCUGUGUGACGAGCAGAAGGAGCUGCAGGCCCUCUAUGCCCUCCAGGCCCUUGUAGUGACCUUAGAACAGCCUGCCAACCUGCUUCGAACGUUCUUUGAUGCCCUGUAUGACGAGGACGUGGUCAAGGAGGAUGCCUUCUACAGCUGGGAGAAUAGCAAGGACCCAGCUGAGCAGCGGGGCAAGGGAGUAGCCCUGAAAUCUGUCACAACUUUCUUCAAGUGGCUUCGCGAGGCAGAGGAGGAGUCCGACCACAACUGAGGGCGGGUGGGGCCGGGACUCAGCCCCGCGGACAUUGAUGGCCCAGCCAGCCGCCUGGACUGUGGGGGGAGGGGCGGCAGCAGUGGCGGCAGUGGGUGCCUGUAGUGGAAAUAUGUUUGAGCUAAUAAAGUGGCUGAAGAGGCAGGAUGGCUUGGGGCUGCCUGGGGCCCCCCUCCAGGAUGCUGCCAGGUGUCCCUUUCCUCCCCCUGGGGCACAGAGAUAUAUUAUAUAUAAAGUCUUGAAAUUUGGUGUGUCUUGGGGGGGGGCACCACCGCCUGCCCCUGGGGUCUUUUUUUAUUUUCUGAAAAUCACUCAUGGGACUGCCGUCCUCGCUGCUGGGGGCAUAUGCCCCAGCCCCUGCACCACCCCUGCUGCUGCCUGGGCAGGGGGAAGGGGGGGCACGGUGCCUGUAAUUAUUAAACAUGAAUUCAAUUAAA